AAUGAAAUAUCACCCACCUGGUAUUGAGCAAAGACACUGUUCUUGGUUUUCUAAACAUAGCCAGUGGCAUCUGUGUUUUUGCCCAAGUUUAGAUUCUCCACCAGAAAAAAAAAAGAAAGACGAAGGGAAAUUUCAAAGUUUCUUUUUUCUUAAAAUUUUAUCAAAAAGUGUAGAGUUGAAUUUUGAAGAGGUGGGUGGAAGCGGCUCUUGAGGUGCUACUAGCAAGGAAGAUGGAAAAUGGAGAUAAACAAAGGAGAGCAAAGUAAGGAAGUGAGCAGAGUUUCAAAAACAGAAAAAAUGAUGAGCGCUCAGCCUCAACCGCCAAGUAGUAUGAUGGCAGCUUCCACGACGUCGUCUCAGGGGUACCAGCCUCAUCAUCAGCAGACUUCAGUUGAAGAGGUCAGAACCCUCUGGAUUGGGGAUUUACAGUAUUGGGUCGACGAAAACUACCUCAAUAGCUGCUUUGCUCACACCGGCGAGGUCAUUUCAAUAAAGAUAAUACGUAAUAAAAUCACUGGCCAGCUGGAGGGCUAUGGGUUUGUGGAAUUUGUUUCUCAUGCCGCAGCAGAAAAGAAUCUGCAUUCUUACAAUGGGAUGCCAAUGCCUGGAACUGAACAACCAUAUAGGUUAAAUUGGGCUUCUUUUGGCAUUGGAGAAAGGCGUCCUGAUGCUGGGCCUGAGCACUCAAUUUUCGUAGGGGAUUUGGCUCCUGAUGUUACAGAUUAUAUGCUGCAAGAAACCUUUCGAGCUCAAUAUUCAUCGGUUAGAGGUGCCAAGGUUGUGACUGAUCCAAACACUGGACGCUCAAAGGGGUAUGGGUUUGUUAAGUUUGCUGAUGAGGCAGAAAGGAACCGUGCUAUGUCAGAAAUGAAUGGUGUUUAUUGCUCAACUAGGCAGAUGCGUAUCAGUGCAGCAACACCAAAGAAAACCACUGGUUUUCAGCAGCAAUAUGCUGCAGCAAAAGCAGUAUAUCCUGUUCCAGCAUACACUACACCAGCAGUUCCUGUGCUUCCAGCAGAUUAUGAUGUGAACAACACUACAAUUUUUGUUGGCAACUUGGAUCCUAAUGUCACAGAGGAGGAACUGAAGCAAACUUUUAUGCAGUUUGGCGAGAUUCUCUAUGUCAAGAUUCCUGUGGACAAAGGAUGUGGUUUUGUACAGUUUGGGACGAGGGCAUCUGCUGAAGAUGCUAUCCAAAGGAUGCAGGGAAAGAUGAUUGGUCAACAAGUAGUCCGCAUUUCUUGGGGCAGGAGCCCAACAGCUAAACAGGAUGUAGCUGGUAGCUGGAGUCAGCAAGUAGAUCCAAGCCAAUGGGUUGCAUAUUAUGGUUAUGGACAAGGUUACGAUGCCAAUGCUUAUGGGGCUACUCACGAUCCAUCUUUAUAUGCAUACGGUGCAUAUGCUGGUUACGGCCAAUAUCCUCAACAGGUUGAAGGAGUUCAAGAUAUUGCAGGUAUGGGAGGUGCUGCCCCCUCUAUAGAACAGAGGGAUGAGUCGGAUGAUCCCUUGGCUACACCUGAUGUUGAUAAGUUAAAUGCAGCUUACCUCUCCGUUCAUGGAAGGGCCAUUUUAGGCAGUCUGAUGUGGCUGAGAAUGUCAUCAUUUAUGCAGCAAGCUUAGUCAUGGUUAGCAUAAUGUCGUGACCUUGGUUUGGUUGGGAUUCUGUCUCAAUUUUCCUAGAGUCAGACAGGAUACAUCCAAGAGAAGAAGCCAUGAUCAGGGUGUGCUUCACAUUCAUAAACAAUGGCUAUAUAGUUAGUGCAACUGAGGCUGGGUAGAGUAUA